UGUCCCUUUCCGUACAACAGUAUGGUGGCCUCCUUUCCCUUGCCGCGGCGGCCGUAAAGCAGCCCCCGUUCCCCCCCGCCUGGCUGUCGCGCGCGCCGGUGCGAGUGGCCGCGGGGAGCGGAGCGCGCUGGUGAUUGCGGGGCUGGGUGGGGGCGGCGAAGCGCGGCCUCCCGGCGUGGGGGGCGACAUGGAUCCCAACAGGAUCAUCCAGGCCCUCAAGGGCACCAUCGACCCCAAGCUGCGCAUCGCGGCCGAGAACGAGCUCAAUCAGUCGUACAAGAUCAUAAAUUUUGCUCCCAGUCUACUACAAAUCAUAGUUUCGGAUCAAGUUGAAUUUCCAGUACGUCAAGCAGCUGCCAUUUACCUGAAGAACAUGGUGACACAGUACUGGCCGGAUCGGGAACCGCCACCAGGAGAAGCAGUAUUUCCAUUCAACAUUCAUGAAAAUGAUCGCCAGCAAAUUCGUGAUAACAUUGUGGAAGGAAUUAUUCGGUCUCCUGACUUAGUGAGGGCCCAGUUGACAAUGUGCCUCCGUGCUAUCAUUAAGCAUGACUUUCCUGGCCAUUGGACAGCAGUUGUAGACAAGAUAGGCUAUUACUUGCAGUCUCAGAACAGUGGGAGCUGGCUUGGCAGCCUGCUAUGUUUGUAUCAGCUGGUGAAAACUUAUGAGUACAAGAAAGCAGAGGAGCGAGAUCCGCUUAUAGCAGCAAUGCAAAUAUUCUUGCCUCGGAUUCAGCAGCAGAUGAUCCAGCUUCUUCCUGAUAACUCCCAUUACUCUGUACUUCUUCAGAAACAGAUCUUAAAAAUCUUCUAUGCACUUGUGCAGUAUGCAUUGCCACUCCAGUUGGUGAAUAACCAGACCAUGACUCAGUGGAUGGAGAUUUUCCGUACUAUCAUUGAUAGAAAUGUGCCUGCUGAGACAUUACAGAUUGAUGAAGAUGAUAGGCCAGAGCUGGUGUGGUGGAAAUGUAAGAAGUGGGCAUUGCAUAUCGUAGCUCGUCUUUUUGAACGGUAUGGAAGUCCUGGAAAUGUAACAAAAGAAUAUUUUGAAUUUUCAGAGUUCUUCUUAAAAACCUACGCUGUGGGAAUCCAACAGGUUCUCUUAAAAAUCUUAGACCAGUACAGGCAAAAAGAAUAUAUUGCUCCUCGUGUCCUUCAGCAAAUCUUAAACUAUCUGAACCAAGGGGUCAGUCAUUCUGUAACUUGGAAGCAGAUGAAGCCACACAUACAGAGUAUAUCUGAAGAAGUGAUUUUCUCCCUAAUGUGUUAUAAAGAUGAGGAUGAAGAGCUGUGGCAAGAGGAUCCAUAUGAGUACAUUCGCAUGAAAUUUGAUGUGUUUGAGGAUUAUGCGUCCCCUACAACAGCAGCCCAGAAUCUCCUCUACACUGCAGCAAAGAAGCGAAAAGAGGUAUUACCGAAGAUGAUGGCAUUUUGCUAUCAGAUUCUCACAGAACCAAACAUUGACCCUAGGAAGAAAGAUGGAGCAUUGCACGUGAUGGGCUCUCUAGCAGAUAUUUUACUGAAGAAGAGUGUAUUCAAGGAUCAGAUGGAGCUGAUGCUACAGAAUCACGUAUUUCCAUUGUUCAUGUCUAACCUGGGGUAUCUCAGAGCAAGAUCCUGUUGGGUUCUUCAUUCAUUCAGCACUUUGAAAUUCCACAAUGAACUCAACCUAAGGAAUGCUGUAGAGCUGGCAAAGAAGAGCUUGAUUGAUGACAAAGAAAUGCCUGUCAAAGUAGAAGCUGCCAUAGCUCUUCAGGCAUUAAUAAGCAAUCAGGAGCAAGCAAAGGAAUAUGUGAAGCCAUACGUCAGGCCAGUUAUGCAGGAGCUGUUACACAUAGUUAGAGAGACAGAAAAUGAUGAUCUUACUAAUGUUAUCCAGAAGAUGAUCUGCGAGUACAAUCAAGAAGUAGCUACCAUUGCUGUUGACAUGACACAACACCUGGCUGAGAUAUUUGGUAAAGUUCUUCAGAGUGAAGAAUAUGAGGAAGUGGAGGACAAGACAGUGAUGGCAAUGGGAAUCUUACACACCAUUGAUACUAUUCUAACUGUUGUGGAAGAUCACAAAGAGAUAACUCAACAGUUGGAGAGCAUUUGUUUACAGAUCAUUGGCCUCGUUUUGCAGAAACACGUAAUAGAGUUUUAUGAAGAAAUUCUCUCCUUGGCAUACAGUUUGACGUGCCAGAUGAUUUCCCCCCAAAUGUGGCAGCUUUUAGGUGUUCUAUAUGAAGUUUUCCAACAGGAUUGCUUUGAAUACUUUGCAGAUAUGAUGCCUCUCAUGCACAAUUAUGUGACCAUCGACACUGAUACUUUACUGUCUAAUCCAAAACAUUUAGAAAUCAUUUACACUAUGUGUAAAAAGGUAUUAACUGGAGAUGCAGGAGAAGAUGCAGAGUGUCAUGCAGCCAAACUUUUAGAAGUAAUUGUUCUUCAGUGCAAAGGGCGGUGUAUUGACCAGUGUAUCCCACUCUUUGUAGAAGCUGUGCUAGAGCGAUUAACUCGAGGCGUUAAAACAAGUGAGCUUCGUACCAUGUGUCUUCAGGUUGCCAUAGCUGCCCUUUACUACAAUCCUGACCUACUUCUGCACACAUUAGAGAACAUCAGAUUUCCACACAACCCUGAGCCCAUCACAGCGCAGUUCAUAAACCAAUGGAUGAAUGACACAGAUUGUUUUCUUGGACUUCAUGACAGAAAGAUGUGUAUAAUAGGACUGAGCAUCCUAAUGGAAUUGCAAAACCGACCUCCUGCGGUAGAUGCUGUGGCUGCCCAGAUUGUUCCUUCAAUCCUGCUCCUGUUUCUGGGAUUAAAACAAGUGUGUGCUACGCGAGAAUUUACGGAACAUGAAGACCAGGCUAAAGACGAAAAACACGAUGCAGAAGAUAAUGAAGAGAUCCCAAGUGAUGAAGAGGAGACAAAUGAAGUGGGUCAGGCAAUGCAAGAGAAUCAUGGAGGAGGUGGUGGUGGAGAAGAUGAAGAUGAGGAUGACGACGAUGAUGACUGGGAUGAAGAUGCAAUGGAAGAAACUGCUCUAGAAGGAUUUAGCACUCCUCUUGACCUUGAAGAUGGUGUAGAUGAAUAUCAGUUUUUUACACAAGCACUGUUAACGGUUCAGAUCCGGGAUGCAGUCUGGUACCACUCACUGACAGCACCACUGAGCGAUGAUCAGAAGAAACAAUUACAGGAAAUUUACACAUUAGCAGAACACCGGCGAAGUGCUGCAGAGACUAAGACGAUAGAACAACAAAGUGGUUACACGUUUGACAACAAAGGACUGAUCACAGCAUUUAACUUUGGUGGAAAUGCUCCUGGAGGCAACUGAAGGAGAAACUGCAAAGGACUCUUGGAAUGGUUUCAUCAUUACAUUUUAUUAUAAGUCAUGACUUUUGAGUGUGUGGGGGAGGGUAAUCUGAUGCUCCAGAUGGUUUCCCUUGGAGACAGCAGUGUGUCCCCCCCCACCCCACCCCCAGACUGCUCUUUCUAGCCAGCUACUGUAAUGUUCAAAUUCUUGUGGUGUUUUUAUAAUUUGAUGGACUGAAAAGAAAACAUCUGCCCUCAAGGAAACUGAAUGACUGGGAGGGGCUAGGUUGAAUCUAGUUGAGUUGCACUUCUCAGGUUUUUGCUGUGCAGAACUGAUGGAUUCAUAUGGAUAACAGUGCCUUCUGUUGUAUAUGGAUUAUCUGAACAAAUGAAUUUGAGUGUAUCGUAAUUUUUUUAAGUGUAAGGAUUCUUCUAGAUGCACUGUAAGCCUUGGUUCCAUGUUUUCCUACUGUCUGUCUUGUACUACAUGACUUAGUUGUUUGUUAAUUGCAUAUACAUUGCUGGUUUCAAAAACAUCAUCUCAAAUUCCCUCCUUGGUGUAGACCUUUGUAUGUUGGACAUUCUUCUGGAAUUGUAAAGCAUACUCUGGGGCUUUCAAGGGUUCUUACCAAAAAGCAGGUUUUACCCUUGAUGCAACAGUCACUUCAGCCCACAUCCUUGAGAUCUCUCCCUUAAGACCGCCCACUUGAGUUAUAAUGGCACUCAUGCCCUGGCAGGUUCAGAUCAAAACAGACACUGGUACCAAAUAGUUUCCAUCUCCAUAAGUGUGUGAGUGAUCAAUCUCUGGCCCUUGCGAGUAGAUGAGCUACAUGACAAUUUGUCUCCUUUAUUGCUGAAUAUUGGGUUUUAUUUUGGGACCCUGUAAAUUCUUUUCCUUUAGUGAUUCAUUAUCAUUCCAGCUAUAGUACUGAACAACUGGGAUCCAUAUCAUUUUAGAGCAAUAAUUUAUCUUAGUGGAGGGGAAAGCAGAUCCAAAUCUUUCUUUUUUUAUGUCUGAAUUUCUACUCUGCAUCCCAUCUGGCUCCUCUCCCAGUGCUGUAACUUAGUCAUGUUUAAUUUUUCCCACAUUUAAAAGGUCAGUCUCUUAUACUCAAAUAUACACAAAUACCUAAUUGUAUGUGUGUUCGUACAGUGAAACUUGUCUUAAGCAGACACCCAGCUAAAUACUGAUGUGCACGGAAACCCUUCUUCUAUAACUAAGAGGUUAAAGUUAUAGUGGAAAUGAUGGGGAUACAUUAAAAUGGUUAAAUAUUUUAAAAUGAAGAUUGAAGGUAGAAUCUUUAAUCCAUGUUUCAUGUCUUUUUUGUGUCUGAUCACUUGUUCAGGGCUUGAAAGUGUUUACUAGGCAACUGUUACCCCAAGACUGACAUGAAAAGUGAAAAGACUUUUGCCAGGGGUGAUACCCAAGGGAAAAAGUUCAACUCUUCCUUCCUUCCUUCCUUCCCCAUCACCUCUUCCGCUAUUGCAAAGGGGAAGGAUGCUGUCCUUGGACCCUGCUCAGGGCUCUCAUCUUUUAUACUAACCUGUCUCUCCCACUGCCCAGCUGUGAAAAUACACCUCUCCUGCCCUUCCCUCCUCCUGCCCCAGAAUCUUCUGCCUGCUAGAACUGCUGGGUGGAGAGAGGUCUUCUGCUGCUUUAGCCCUCUUCAGCCUUCCUGCCUACUGCUGUGGGGGUCAUGUGUCUGCUACUUUACCCCUCCCUCAGCCUCAGUGUUAGCUCCUCUCCAGUGGCCUUCUCUGCCACUGCUUAAAGUUUUUUUCAAAGCAGCCCCAGAAUGAAAUUGACUUGGUUCUUGAUAAAAAGAAAAGGAGGACUUGUGGCACCUUAGAGACUAACAAAUUUAUUUGAGCAUAAGCUUUCGUGAGCUACAGCUCACUUCAUCGGAUGAAGUGAGCUGUAGCUCACGAAAGCUUAUGCUCAAAUAAAUUUGUUAGUCUCUAAGGUGCCACAAGUGCUCCUUUUCUUUUUGCGAAUACAGACUAACACGGCUGCUACUCUGAAACUUGGUUCUUGAUAAUUUUCACUGCUGUACUCAGGGUUUUGAAUAGCAGCAGUGAAAACUAUCAUGUCUCUUAGAUCUGCUUUCAUUCCCCUAAAGCCUGAGAAUGCUUUGAACGCUUGAAAAUUCAGGCCCCAGUGCCUUUGCUAAUAAAGUGAUUGGUGAUUUUGGAUGUCCAAUAUCAGACCCUUCAAAGAGGGCAGAGGCUUGGUACUUUUUGAAAAAGUCAGUGGUCACUAUCCAAGAUUUAGAUCUGGAGAUAUCCAUCUAGCGUGUGAGGGAGACAACACUACAUAUUACAUCACUUUACAUUCAGUUCACAGUUGGGGGUUUUCUUACAACCAUAAAAAGCUAGAAACUUGUUCUCAAUUCUAAACAAAAAUUAUUCAGAAGUCGGUAGCAUUGAUUUCUCCACACAUACUUGGCAAUGGAAGCUUCCUUUUUGCCAUUGGGCAUCUGGCAAAUGGAAUUUUUAAGCCCUGUGUUCAUUUAUGUAUAAAAUGUUGAUGGUCAGUCAGUGGGAUUUCCUUCAAAGCCUCUCCUCACACCAGAACUAAGAACAAAAGGGAUUUUUUUUUCUUCCGCUAAUAAAAGGCAUUGCUUAAUCAAAAGGUAGUUUUCAGGAGUUAACAUGUUCAAGCAGAAAUCUACCACUGUAUAGUGCUGUCCUUGUGUCUACCCCUCUGAGUCAUGGUUGUUCCCUUAAUGCUGCUGCUUGUAUACUUUUCAAAUGAACUGCCAAGAAGAUUUCAUCCAGAUGUUUCUUACAAUGGACUUGAAUUGCUAUUUGGAAUCUCACAGUUGUGGUCAGAGGGGAGAUUUUAGGAGAUGGUUCACAAAAGGGUAACUAGCUUUCUCCUUCCCAGGAGAUUGAGUAAAUGUUUCUACUGGCAAAAACAAACAAAUUUAUACCCUUUUUGAAAAGGUAUCAAUUAAAGAAAUAGUCCAAGAUUUAUUGGGCUCCAGACUCCCCUUUUACAUGUGGUUCUCUUUUAAUGUGAUAAAUGUGCAUUCAUACACAAUCAUAAUAGGUAAGGAAUUGUAGGGAUUUCUUCUUGAGAUGUGUCCAGCAUGUACUACAUUUAGUACAAAUGUGCAUUGCUGUAUCAUGUUGAAGCCAGGGUAAUCGUGGAUCGUCAGAUACCAGCAACAUGGAACUGAGCAAGAUGUAGUUGCCCUUAGAAAUGCAGAGACUUAUGAAUGUAUUGUCAAAUAAAACAAGGUUGAUAAAAGUAACCUUUGCUGCCCUGUGCCAGCAUUCACGCAGUGUGAAGGCGACUGUAUGGAUGCUAUGGGUGCUUAAGUAUGACAGAUUUGUGUAGGUUAUAAUUAUAGCAAGUGUGAACUGAUGUGGUAAAAGAUCUUUUUCAGAUAAAUUAACCGGUCCUGGGUGUGAAAUUUCAAAUGCUGUUUUGUCAUUCUUAAACUUCGGGUGACUCUUAUUA